AAACCAUAACCGGCGCGCAAAGCCCCACGACGUUAGGGUUUUGAGCUUUUAACACUUUGACUCCCCCUAAUACUACUUCAAACCACUCUACUCUUUCUCUGCCAUUUCUUCUCCUGUUUCAUUUCACUCGCUCAAACCUCAACCUUUCAUCCGUUUUUUUCACUCCCCAAAUUCUCUCUGCAAACAAAAUCAAACAUGCAAGCUUGCUCAGGAGCAACAACUCCAUCAAUGGUGGGUUCAAUCCACCGCACCAAAAUCUCUCCUUUCCCCUCUAAUUUUCCUCAAAAAGGGUUUGAUAAUAAUCUUACUUUUACUGAUAGUUCAAUCCAAUUUUCAAAACCCCUUUCUCGAUUUUCUUUUGUUUCUAAUAGUUUGGUUACUGGUAGACCACCCUCUUCUGUCUCUGUUCCUGCUCCUGAUAUUGAAGAUGAUCUAACCAGCUUCAAAGAUAGUGAGCUGAGCGAUGCUGAUCCAGAAGUGCACAGCAUCAUUGGAAAGGAAAAGGAAAGGCAAUUUAAAAGUCUGGAACUCAUUGCCUCAGAAAACUUUACAUCAAGAGCUGUCAUGGAAGCUGUUGGUUCUUGUCUCACUAACAAAUAUUCUGAAGGAUUACCGGGUAAAAGGUAUUAUGGUGGCAAUGAACAUAUUGAUGAGCUUGAAACCCUCUGUCAGCAGAGGGCUUUGGAGGCAUUUCACCUGGACGGACAAAAGUGGGGUGUAAAUGUUCAACCUCUGUCUGGCUCUCCUGCUAAUUUUGAGGUCUAUACUGCAGUUUUGAAUCCACAUGAUCGUAUCAUGGGUCUAGAUUUACCUCAUGGAGGGCACUUGUCUCAUGGUUUCAUGACUCCUAAAAGACGAGUUUCAGGCACAUCAAUUUAUUUUGAAUCCAUGCCUUAUCGGCUUGAUGAAUCUACAGGUCUGAUUGAUUAUGACAUGCUUGAGAAAACUGCUACUCUAUUUCGACCAAAACUCAUAAUAGCUGGUGCCAGUGCAUAUCCUCGAGAUUUUGAUUAUCCUCGUAUGAGGAAGGUAUGUGUUUUGAUAUGGCUGUUUGAACACCCCCCUUCCCCCUCGGGCACACUUUAUUUGCCUAUAAUUGAUCGAAAUGUUCUCUUUCAAAUGCAGAUUGCAGAUGCUGUUGGUGCUUUUCUUAUGAUGGACAUGGCGCAUAUAAGUGGGCUUGUUGCUGCCUCUGUGGUUGGUAACCCAUUUGAGUAUUGUGAUGUGGUCACAACUACAACUCACAAGUCUUUACGAGGUCCAAGAGGUGGAAUGAUCUUCUACAAGAAGAAUACCAUUUUUGGAGUUGAUUUAGAAUCUGCCAUUAAUAAUGCCGUCUUUCCUGGCUUACAGGGUGGCCCACAUAAUCACACCAUAGGAGGACUAGCAGUUUGCCUGAAGUAUGCUCAGUCUGCAGAGUUUAAGACGUACCAAAACAAUGUGGUCUCUAACUGUAGAGCUCUUGCACGCCGAUUGGUUGAAUUGGGAUACAAACUAGUCUCUGGUGGGAGCGAUAACCAUCUUGUUCUAGUUGACUUAAGGCCAUUGGGAACUGAUGGUGCCCGGGUUGAAAAGAUUCUGGACUUGGCUUCUAUCACACUUAAUAAGAACUCUGUUCCUGGUGAUAAGAGUGCUCUAAUGCCCGGUGGUAUACGUAUUGGGGCACCUGCCAUGACAACCAGAGGGUUCAAAGAGAGUGAGUUUGUUGCUACAGCCGACUUUAUUCACGAGGGCAUCCAGUUAACUCUUGAAGCAAGCAAGUUAAUUCCCAAAACAAAGCUCCAAGAAUUCUUGAAGUUUGUGGCAUCUCCUGACUUUCCCUUGAGAGAUCGUUUAUCAGACCUUCAGAAGAGAGUCGAAGUUCUAACCACCCAGUUCCCGUUGCCUGGAUUGUGAAGGUUUUGAUGCAAAUUCCGUAAGGGUAGUAUCUUAUACCUAGAUGAAAUGAUCCACAGUUAGAGAGAAGCAUUGAUGCUUGUGGUUAUAUCCCAUCUGGUGCUGAAUAACAUGAAACUCUGACAAGUACUUGUAUGCAACUGUAUACAUAUCAGCACAGACCACAGUGUUUAUUUGUUGUAUCCCUUAUAUCAAGAAGGGCAAUUCGAUAAGUUUUGCCCGUAUGUGAACUUCUGUGGUGAUAUCUAUGAACCUUAGAGCUGUAAUGUGGUUACUGGAAUUGUUCUUAUGUAAGUGAUGGUUUCACCUUAACCAUUUUGGGUUCCAAAGUCAAUAGUAUAAAGGUCAUAACAACAGGUUAUAAAUA